UAUUCCUCUUAUGUUUGGUUCACUCGUCAGAGUCACUUCGGCCACUCUUUGCAUGCGACCCGGCAAACGGGUUAACCCGGACGCUCCGGUUCUGUCGGGUUAACGUACCGAUCCACGUGAGGGUUCAAGAUUUGAUCGGAAGGCUAACGUUGCAGGAGAAGAUACGCAACCUCGUCAACAAUGCUGCCGCCGUGCCACGCCUCGGUAUUGGAGGCUAUGAGUGGUGGUCCGAGGCCCUUCACGGCGUAUCCGACGAUGGUCCCGGCGCUAAGUUCGGUGGUGCUUUUCCUGGCGCCACAAGCUUCCCACAAGUCAUCACCACGGCAGCUUCUUUCAACCAGUCUCUAUGGGAAGAGAUCGGACGGGUGGUGUCUGAUGAGGCAAGAGCUAUGUACAAUGGAGGUGUGGCCGGGCUGACAUAUUGGAGUCCAAAUGUGAAUAUAUUGAGGGAUCCACGGUGGGGCCGAGGCCAAGAAACUCCUGGUGAAGAUCCUAUCGUUGCCGGAAAAUACGCCGCCAGCUACGUCAGGGGACUUCAGGGCACCGCCGCCGGUAACCGCCUUAAAGUCGCCGCAUGUUGCAAACAUUACACCGCUUAUGAUCUUGAUAACUGGAAUGGCGUCGACCGUUUCCAUUUCAACGCUAAGGUCACCCAACAAGAUUUAGAAGACACAUACAAUGUACCAUUCAAAUCAUGUGUCUCCGAAGGAAAGGUCGCAAGUGUUAUGUGCUCGUACAACCAAGUCAAUGGAAAGCCCACAUGUGCUGAUGAAAAUCUCUUAAAGAACACUAUUCGUGGUCAAUGGCGUCUCAAUGGGUACAUCGUCUCAGAUUGUGACUCUGUUGAUGUUUUCUUCAACCAACAACAUUACACCAACAGUCCGGAAGAAGCCGCCGCCGCCUCUAUUAAAGCCGGUUUGGACUUGGACUGCGGGCCGUUUUUGGCGAUUUUCACGGAAGGUGCGGUGAAGAAAGGAUUGCUAACGGAGAAUGACAUCAAUUUAGCACUUGCUAAUACAUUAACGGUCCAGAUGAGACUUGGUAUGUUCGAUGGCAAUCUUGGACCGUAUGCUAAUCUAGGGCCAAGAGACGUUUGUACUCCGGCCCAUAAACAUUUAGCUCUUGAAGCGGCUCAUCAAGGGAUUGUUCUUCUCAAAAACUCCGGUCGGUCUCUUCCACUCUCCCCUAGGCGCCAUCGCACCGUCGCCGUGAUUGGACCAAACUCCGAUGUCACCGAGACUAUGAUCGGAAACUAUGCAGGGAAAGCGUGCUCCUAUACGACGCCGUUGCAGGGUAUCUCUAGAUACGCGAGGACACUUCACCAAGCUGGUUGUGCCGGCGUGGCUUGCAAAGGAAACCAAGAAUUUGGUGCGGCUGAGGCAGCGGCGCGUCAAGCCGACGCAACGGUUCUUGUGAUGGGAUUAGAUCAGUCUAUAGAGGCGGAGACACGAGAUCGAACGGGGCUGCUUUUACCGGGGUUCCAACAAGACCUAGUGACCCGUGUGGCUCAAGCUUCCAGAANCGGGCCGUUUUUGGCGAUUUUCACGGAAGGUGCGGUGAAGAAAGGAUUGCUAACGGAGAAUGACAUCAAUUUAGCACUUGCUAAUACAUUAACGGUCCAGAUGAGACUUGGUAUGUUCGAUGGCAAUCUUGGACCGUAUGCUAAUCUAGGGCCAAGAGACGUUUGUACUCCGGCCCAUAAACAUUUAGCUCUUGAAGCGGCUCAUCAAGGGAUUGUUCUUCUCAAAAACUCCGGUCGGUCUCUUCCACUCUCCCCUAGGCGCCAUCGCACCGUCGCCGUGAUUGGACCAAACUCCGAUGUCACCGAGACUAUGAUCGGAAACUAUGCAGGGAAAGCGUGCUCCUAUACGACGCCGUUGCAGGGUAUCUCUAGAUACGCGAGGACACUUCACCAAGCUGGUUGUGCCGGCGUGGCUUGCAAAGGAAACCAAGAAUUUGGUGCGGCUGAGGCAGCGGCGCGUCAAGCCGACGCAACGGUUCUUGUGAUGGGAUUAGAUCAGUCUAUAGAGGCGGAGACACGAGAUCGAACGGGGCUGCUUUUACCGGGGUUCCAACAAGACCUAGUGACCCGUGUGGCUCAAGCUUCCAGAAGUCCAGUGAUUUUGGUCCUUAUGAGUGGUGGACCAAUCGAUGUAACCUUCGCUAAGAAUGAUCCACGUGUUUCUGCCAUCAUAUGGGCCGGGUAUCCGGGUCAAGCGGGUGGAGCUGCCAUUGCCAAUAUCAUCUUUGGUGCUGCUAAUCCUGGAGGAAAGCUACCAAUGACAUGGUAUCCACAAGAUUAUGUGGCUAAGGUGCCAAUGACGGUAAUGGCCAUGAGAGCAUCUGGAAAUUACCCUGGAAGGACUUAUAGAUUCUACAAAGGUCCAGUCGUAUUUCCAUUUGGGUUCGGUUUAAGUUACACUACCUUCACUCAUAGUUUAGCCAAAAGCCCAUUGGCCCAACUAUCAGUUUCACUCUCCAAUCUCAACUCUGCCAAUGCCAUUUUCAACUCUUCAUCACACUCCAUCAAAGUGUCUCACGCCAACUGCAACUCAUUUCCGAAAAUGCCCGUCCAUGUCGAGGUAUCGAACACCGGUGAAUUCGACGGAACACACACGGUCUUUGUCUUUGCCGAGCCGCCGAAAAACGGAAUAAAAGGAUUGGGUGUGAACAAACAAUUGAUAACGUUUGAAAAGGUUCAUGUCACGGCAGGGGGGAAACAGACCGUUCAAAUUAAUGUUGAUGCUUGCAAGCAUCUUGGUGUGGUGGAUGAGUAUGGAAAGAGGAGAAUCCCAAUGGGUGAGCAUAAGCUGCACAUUGGUGACCUUAAACAUACUAUUUUAGUCCAACCGCAACUUUGAUGGAGACAUAUAUAAAGAAACAACAAAUACGGAAACCAUGAUCUUUAACAAAGUGAAGUGUUUCUUCUUAUUUCUAUUAUUAUGUAGAGAGAUAGGUUUAUUUUCUUAUGAAAUUUAAAUACUCAAGAAUAGUAUGAAAUUUGUAAAGAAGCACCAAAGGGUUGCUUCUUGGAUAUGUGUUUUUAUUUUCUUUGUUUUAUAUUUGGACCAAAGUUAUUGUAACUUGUGGCUCCCAACAUAAGAAAUACAAGGAGCCCUUGUAAAAUGGUGAAACUAAAGAUAAAUGAAAAUAAAUGUUAAGUUCGAUGUCCCA